AUGAGUCAGCUUAAAAUUCAAAAAUUAAAUCUACGAUUCUAUCCACCAGGACUCACCGUAGUCCUCAACGAUAACGGGGAAACAAAAACAGAGAAUAUUGAACUUCCACCUUUAUCUGUUUUGACAGAUUUACAUGUUUUAGCAGAAAAAAUUGUAUCAACAUAUGAAUUUUUUAAUACAAAGCACACAAAGAAAAUCGAAGCUGCAUUAAAUCAAAUUUUAGACAUGCAAACAAUUGAUUAUUCAGAUUUCCAACUCCAACACAUGCAUCAAAUGCACGCAAUGCCAUUAUCAGACUGUUCCUUCAACAAAAUGGGCGAUAUGUUCGUUACUUCUUCAUAUGAUCAUACUGCUUGUGUUUGGAAUACAGAAACAGGCGAACAGAUUGCUAAAUUUGUUGGACACACGUUACCAGUAUACAGCUGCUGCUUUAAUAAUCCGUACGGAACCUUAGUAGCUACAGGAUCUUUUGAUAAAACAGCAGCAAUUUGGUCGGUCGCUGAAAACAAGUUAGUUUACAGAUUAGGAGGCCAAUCAUCAACAGAUGGACAUACAAAAGAAGUCGUUACCGUUGCUUUCGAUCCAGAUUCGCAAUACGUUGCUACAGGUUCUAUGGAUUCUAAAGCAAAGAUCUGGGAUGUACAGACAGGCCAGCUACUACAAUCCUUAGAGGAACACACCGGCGAAAUCGUUUCCGUUCAGUUCCAUCCAUCAGAACCACUUUUAUUAACAUCUUCAUUCGACAAAACGGCCAGGCUAUGGGAUAUCCGUACAGGCGAUUGUAUUUCAGCUCUCAGAGGCCACAAACGCGAAACUUGUGCUGCUUACUUCAAUUCCGCCGGAACAAAUAUCGUAACAGGUUCUUUAGAUAGUACUGUAAGAGUUUGGGAUGUCAGACAAGCAUUAGCAAUACACGUACUUAAAGGACAUACAUCAGAAGUCGUUGCUGUUGCUUAUUCUCUCGAUGGAUCUAAAGUUGCUUCGUCGUCCAUUGAUAAAACCGCUAGAGUUUGGUCGACCACAACCGGAGAAUGCAUAGCAAUAUGCGAAGGACACACAGAUGAAGUCGGAAAAGUGACUUUUAACCCUCAAGGCACAAAAGUACUCACAGCAAGCGACGAUUUCACUUGCAGGAUAUGGGAUGUCAAUACAGGAAGAGAACUUGAGUGUUUGUCUGGUCACCAGGACUACGUAACAACUUGCGCUUUCAAUUAUUCAGGAGAUCGCAUUAUUACAGCUUCUAAGGAUAACACUGUUAGAGAAUGGAGAGCAAUGAAGACGGAGCACUAA